AUGGAAUACGCACUGAAAACCUGAUUUUUCCUGAAGUAUGGAUGCAUUGAAAGCAAAAGACACAAAGUCCACUUCACACUUGCGCUACUAAGCUGCAUUAUUGUUGUCACAGUGGCCUGCGUCAUUCAAACUGUACUAUACCACGCUCCCUUGAUUUUUCUCCGCACAGCAGAGGGGAGUUCUGGCGAAAUUGAUAUUAAGCUGACAUCUGAAAACGAGAACUAUUAUCUGAACAAAACCAGAAUUGAAGAACUUAUCAGUGACAAAACAGCACCCAGAGUCGUUUUUGGGAAUUCCAGGGCGAAUUGUGUGCAUUGCUCGACAUCAGACAAAAAGGCUAACAUCUAUUUUAUUGACACCAAAAGAGAAAAAGACAUCGAGCUGGGCAGAGAAUAUCCCUAUGACCCUCUAAAGCUUGGAGAAUGCAUGAUUCAUAAAAAACUCGCCUUAGCUUUACACAUAGAAAAAGGAGAUAAGAUUUCGCUUUACGAUUUGGACGUAAACUGAUGGCGAUCAGUUUUCCAAAGCUUUACUUAUGAAAAAAAUAUAACUGUCCCGUCUUCUUUUGCGAUGUUUUACUUUACACUUGAGUUGACUGUUGUGGACAUUUUCAGCAAAGGGUACGGAAAAGUCGCUGAUGGGUCGGCUUCGUCUCUAGUCUUGGCUGAGCUGUCUACACUAUAUCAGUUGUAUUCCCAACAUAUACAAGCAGACAACUAUUGGCCAACAACUCAAGGAUAUUCUGAAUUUCUAACGUACUUGGACACCCACAGCGCUUCUGACCUCUCCACCCACAUACUCAUCAGCAUGCCGAAGCCUCGCACUGACACUUAUAUGACCUCAAAUUAUGACAAUAUCCAGAAAAAAGUCACUCAUAAGGCUUCUGGGAUAGUCGAUGACCUUGGAUUUUAUCCAGUUUCUGUAGAUUUGCCAAUUAUGGACGAGCUGCAGCCACUUCAAUAUGUGACAAUUUUCCUUGGGAUUUUAUUGGACUUAAUUUUAGUCAUUUUAUUUGCAUUAAGCGUGAUUUUAAUAUACAGCUUACUGCUUGUGUCAAUUGAGACAAAAACCUUUGAAUUAGGAGUCAUUAGGGUCCUUGGACUUACAAAGACAGGGAUGGUCUUUAUGCUGGUCACCCAAACAAUGAUUUUUGUGAUCCCUGCAAUUAUUAUUGGGAUUUUUCUAUCCUUUGGCUGCAAUAAAAUCAUUUCGGAUAUGUUUGAAGAACAAAUUGGGGUUGGAUUCUCUCCAGAGCCUACCCCUGAUGCAGUUGGCAUAGCCAUUAUGAUCGGUUUUUUAAUGCCAAUAAUUGCUGGAAUGUCUCCUCUCAGACAAAUAUUUUACAGCAACUUAGCAGAGUCUUUAGAUGUGUCGCAUUCAAAAUCCAAAGCAGUCAGUAUCAAGAUUGAAGGCAGUGAUAGCGUGGUUAAAAGAACCAUUGUGUGGUUUGGAUUUGUAACGGUGGUCUUUGGGUUUGUGGUAUACUUAUUACUCCCUCUUGCAUUAUUAUCAUUUAAUUUGCAGCUGCUACUUGGAAUAUUCCUAGCAAUCCUUAUUGCAUUUUUGCUGGGUCUUGUGCUGCUCUCAAUGAACUUUCAGUAUCUUUUUGAAAGGGCGACAGUUUUGCUUUUCUUCUGGUGGGAAUCGUCAGCUAUGAGGCUAAUGAUAGUUAAAAAUCUAGCUGCACAUAGGCUGAGAAAUAGAAAAACAACUGUUAUGUAUGCGUUGGCGCUUGCGUUUAUUAUAUUUUUAUCAGUUAUGGCUGAAAUGCAGCUUACAGCUGCAUCAUAUAGAAAUUUGCAGUCACAUGGAGUAAAAUUAGUAGUCCAAGCAGACCCCAAAACUGACGAUAUCCUUCCCAGCCACAAUCUUCAGCUAGUUGUCGACAAUUAUGGUGACAUCAUUGAUUCCUAUUCUUGGGUUACAAAAGAACUGAUCCAAGUAAUCGAUGAAGCAGAUGCCACUUUGCUUAAAAAUCUCGGCAAAGCAUAUGAAUAUAAUGUACAGAUCUAUGGAGUUUCCCCAAAUCUGAUUGACACCAUUUUUGGUGAAUUUGUGAUUGUGACUGACAGAGAUACAUCGACUGGGCUUUCGCUAUCUGAGCAGCUUUACACCCCAGAAGGGACACAAGGAGCACUUAUGGGGACUUUAUAUGAGGACAUGCUCGAUCUGAGUGUGUCUCCGAACUCUACAUUUUUGGUACAAGUUUAUGCUCCUUAUGAUAACUUUUUUAGAGUAAUGCGGCCAAUUGCAUUUGCUGAGUCCUUUUCAGGCUUUGUCAUGUCGAAAUUCCCAAAGAACAAAAAACAAAGCUUUUUAGUGAGCAUCCCAACAUGGCAAGACUUAGCUGGAAAAUACGCUGAAUCUGCUAAUAAUGUGCCAAUGGGGUAUUUAAUGAUAAAACUGGCAACAAGUGACGGUGAUUUAAUCGACAAGCUUUAUACUGACCUAAAUGAAGUUAUCUCAUAUAAUGACGACUUGUCAAUUUGGGAUUAUAGAGACAGCCAAAGCACAGCCCAACAAAGUGCAGGACUAAUGAGCACUGUUUUUUCAUUAGUCACCCUUAUAGCUAUGUUUUUGUGCUUCUUUUCUCUUGUCUCCUCAAUGUCAGCAAAUAUUUUGGAGCAAGCCAAAGAGAUUUCAGUGCUUAGGGCGACUGGGGUGAGGAAAAUUAGAAUCGCGAUUUUGUAUGUAUAUGAAGCUUUUGUGCUGCUUUUUUCAGCUGGCCUUAUGGGGAUUAUGAUAGGGACUUUUGUAGCGUGGACCAUGUCUGUGCAGCAGGUGAUGUUCAAUGAUAUACCAAUGCCAUUUAUUUUCCCUUGGGAAAUCACUAUUGCAGUGUUUGUGGGGAGUAUUAUUUGUGCAUUUUUGGCGUCAUUUUUCCCUUCGAGGAAACUGGUGGCGAAGCCUAUUGCGGAGUUGAUGAGAACAUUGUCUUAG